GAAAUGAGUACACACUCAAAUGCUCGAAAUAUUGGUGCCUGUUCCUCUUCCUCACAAAUUCAAGAAGAAUAUAUUGUUGUAGAUGACCAACACCAACAACAAAGAAAUCAACGUAUUCUAAUUUCUUCAAAGCUUGAAGAAGCAGUGGGAGGAGAAUAUGGGCAAUUAAAUUAUCAGCAACAGUAUUCUGACGAUUUUGAAAUUUGUGAUGAAAUUGUGGUUGAUGCUGAAGAUGGGGAGGAUGGACGUGUUUUGGUUUCAGUUCCAGCAGGUUCUACUACUUAUGACAAUUAUGGGCAGUUUGCAGAAGAUCUUUUUCUGGAUGAACAAAUACAUGGGAAAUCUAGUGUGCGUUCAAUGAGUGCUAAACGAGUAAGGAACUUUUUGUCGAAUUUAUUUGAUUAUUAUGGGCAUCGAGUGUUUAAUAUUGAAUGGAGUGAACAUGUUGAUUUGGACAGCUUUGGGAAAUUAUGGCAGUGGGUGUCCGUUGUGAUUAAUCCUGUCUCUAAAAAAUUAAUAUAUAACCAAAAAUUGGGAUUGGUAAAAAAAAGUCUGAACCAACUAAUAGUUAUCAGUCUGAUUUCAAAAAUCGUUAAAAAAGGCUUGGAAAACAAGGAAUUAUUUCGAGUUCCAAUUUAUAAAGGAAACACUAAAUAUGGAGCUGGCUAUGAUCGUUUAGUUAAUUUUGAUGGUUCUACUACUGAUCACUACAUUUGCAAAAAUUAUGAUCAAUGCGGCAAAAUUUUUCAUCGCCGCUAUUUGGAUGCUCUUACCACUCAUAUGCAAACAUGCCGUAAUAAAAAUUUAAUCAAUCCAGAAGAAUGUAAUGCUAAUGCCUGUAAAGCACUUGUUGCUCGUUUGGUAGUUCAAGAACCAACAGCUUUGACUUUGCUUACAAGCCGUUUUUAUUUGGAAUUUAUGGAGGAAUUGUCGAGAAUUAUGUAA